GGGGGGGCCGGAGGAGGAGGAGGAGGGAAGGAGGGAGCUAUGCCACUCUCAGCCACCCCGGCCUGGCCGGGCUGCCGCUGCUAAGGGGCCUUCUUUAGUUUGGGGCGAGGGGGCCCGGGAGGGGGGGCAGGGGAAAGCCAGGUUCUUCUUGGGGUGGGGGGGGGCGCCCGCCGGGGCAUGAGGGCAAGAGCGCAGCGGCGGGGGCGGCCAGAGGGCGAGAGAGCGGAAGAAAAAGAAGAAGAAGAAGAAGAGAAAGAAAAGAAGAGGAGGAGAAGAAGGAGGGGGAGGAGGAGGAGGAGGAGGAGGGGGAGAGGAGCGAAGGAGCCCCCCCUCCCUCCCUCCCUCCCUCCCUGACCCCCCCCCGAGGAUCCCCCCAGCGCCCCCCACCCCACCCCCCCGGGAGCUCAUGGAAGUAUGAAGGAGAUGGUAGGAGGUUGUUGCGUGUGUUCGGACGAGCGGGGCUGGGCGGAGAAUCCGUUAGUCUACUGCGAUGGACACGCGUGUAGCGUCGCUGUCCAUCAAGCUUGCUAUGGCAUCGUCCAGGUGCCCACCGGACCCUGGUUCUGCCGGAAAUGUGAGUCACAGGAGCGAGCCGCCAGGGUGAGGUGUGAGCUGUGCCCACACAAAGAUGGGGCAUUGAAGAGGACAGACAAUGGAGGCUGGGCCCAUGUGGUGUGUGCCCUCUACAUCCCCGAGGUACAAUUUGCCAAUGUGCUCACCAUGGAACCCAUUGUCCUACAGUAUGUCCCCCACGACCGAUUCAACAAGACUUGUUACAUCUGUGAGGAGCAGGGCCGGGAAAGCAAGGCAGCCUCAGGAGCCUGCAUGACCUGUAACCGACAUGGCUGUCGGCAAGCCUUCCAUGUCACCUGUGCCCAGAUGGCUGGUCUGCUAUGUGAGGAAGAGGUCUUAGAAGUGGACAACGUCAAAUACUGUGGCUACUGCAAAUAUCACUUCAGCAAGAUGCCAGCAAAUUCCCCUCCACCCCUCCGCCAGAAGACAUCAAGGCACUCCAGUGGGGGAUCAGGGGGAGGCAACAGCGGCUUCAUCGCUGGCCGGAGAAGCCAAUCAGCCUCACCGUCUUCUCAGGAAAAGCAUGGCUCCCACCAUGAGAGGGUCCCAAAGAAGAGUCGUAAGGACAAGGAUCGGCUUAAACAGAAGCACAAGAAGAGGCCUGAGUCUCCCCCCAGAAUCCUCACUCCCCCUGUGCCCCCCAUCACUGACAAGGGCUCCUCCUCCUCUUCCUCUUCCUCUCACCAUGAGGGCAGUGCCCGGGAGCCCUCUGAGGGUAGCAGAGAUUCCAAAGGGAAGAAGUCUUCCAGCCACAGCCUCAGCCACAAGGGCAAGAAGUUAAGCAGUGGAAAAGGUGUGGCCAGCUUCACCUCUGCCUCCUCCUCUUCCUCUUCCUCUUCUUCUGGAGGACCCUUCCAGCCCACAGUCUCCUCCCUCCAGAGCUCCCCAGACUUCUCAUCCUUCCCCAAACUGGAGCAGCCUGAGGAGGAGAAGUACCCCAAAGCAACACCACCAGCACCACCAGGGCCUGUCUCUCCCCCUGCCUCAGAGCCUCCCAAGGCUGAUGUCUUUGAGCAGAAGGUGGUGUUUUCUGGAUUUGGUUCUAUCAUGCGCUUCUCCACAUCUGCUGCUGGAACAGCUCGGACCCGGGUGCCAUCUCCAGGAGAGUACAAGGCCCCCCAUAUCCCUGGGGGAAGCACUGGACCAGGCAGUCACAAGAGGAUGCCCUCACUGAGUGCUGCUUCAGAGGAAGUGGUUGAGGGUCUGAAAGAGAAGAAACAUAAAGGGAGCAAGAAAAAUCGCCAUGGGCCUGGAAGGCCCAAGGGGAGCAGGAACAAGGAGGGAGUAGGAGGGCCCUUGGUACCAUCCCUCCCUGGGGCCCAGCUGGCUGGUUUCACUGCCACAGCAGCCUCACCCUUCUCAGGGGGCUCACUGGUUAGUUCCAGUGUGAACCCUGCCUCUGCUUCCCGGGCCUUUGGACACCAAGCAGCCCUGCCUAGCCUCAGCCUUGAGUCUCCACUGCUUGGGGCAGGGAUCUACACCAGUAACAAGGACCCUAUCUCGCAUGGUGGUGGGGUCCUUCGGGCGGUAUGCAGCACACCCCUCUCUUCCAGCCUCUUGGGUCCCACAGGCACCUCAUCUCUUCCCCAGCUCAGCCGUUCCCCCUUUGCCAGCACCCUCCCUGCCUCCUCUGCCUCCAUCUCCACCACCCAGGUAUUUUCUUUGGCUGGCUCUACCUUCAGCCUUCCUUCUUCCCACAUCUUUGGGACCCCCAUGGGCUCCGUUAACCCGCUCCUCACUCAGGCAGAGAACAGUCGAACAGAGCCCAGCCUGGAGGAGUGCAGCUUUGGGUGCGGGGGCACCUCUCCCCAAGAGAGCCUGUCAUCCAUGUCACCCAUCAGCAGCCUCCCCACACUCUUUGAUCAGACAGCACCCUCAGCUCCCUGCUCGAGCAGCCAGCUGGAUCCAGCAUCCCAGGGCACAGCCAACAUGGAACAGCUGCUAGAGAAACAGGGCAAUGGCGAAGCUGGAGUCAAUAUUGUAGAAAUGCUGAAAGCCUUGCACUCACUGCAGAAGGAGAACCAGAGACUUCAGGAACAGAUCAUGAGCCUGACAGCAAAGAAGGAACGACUCCAGAUCCUCAACGUACAGCUCUCAGUACCCUUCCCUGUGGUACCUGCUGGGGUGCCUGCUGCCAAUGGACCCACCCCUCAGGGUCCUUACUGCCUGCCACCCAAUGCUGGCAGCACCGACUCCCUAAGCACCAGCAAAAGUCCUCCUGGAAAGAACAGCUUUGGCUUGGAAAAUUCCCUCUCCAUGUCUUCCGAGGACCCUCAUUCUGGGUGCCCAAGCCGAAGCAGCUCCUCAUUGUCCUUCCACAGCACACCUCCACCUCUACCCCUUCUGCAGCAGAGUCCGGCUACCCUGCCCCUGGCCCUGCCUGGCCCCCCAGCCCCUCAGCAGCCACAGUCACAAAAUGGGCUGGGCCGGGGGGCUGGAGGAGUUGGCUUAGGGACUGUAUCCAUGGCUGAAGGGCUUCUCGGAGGCCUGGCAGGGGGAGGGACACUGCCCCUCAAUGGACUUCUUGGUGGACUUAAUGGAGCCGUGGCACCCCCAACACCCACUGGCCUGAACCAAGGCAGCGGGACCCCAACAAUGCAACUGCCAGGGAGCCUCAGCAGCCUGACGGAACAGCAGAGACACUUCCUCCAACAGCAGGAGCAGCAGCUCCAACAGCUCCAGCAGCUCCUGACCUCGCCCCAGCUGACCCCGGACCAUCAGACGGUUGUGUACCAGAUGAUCCAGCAGAUCCAGCAGAAGCGGGAGCUGCAGCGGCUACAGAUGUCUGGAGGCCCCCAGCUCCCCAUGGCCAGCCUGCUGGCAGGCGGCACAGCCCCUCUGCUGCCCUCGGGCACCCCUGGCCUCAUGCCCUCAGCAGCUGCCCCACCCUUGCUGCCCGCGGGGUCCCUGGUGGCUCCGGCACUGGGCACUGGCACUACCCUCAUGGCGGCAGCAGCAGGCGGGCCCCCUGUCCUCACCGCCCAGACCAACCCCUUCCUCAGCCUCCCUGGGGCGGACAACAGCGGGCAGAAAGGAGGGGUGGGUACCGUGCCCUCUGGGGGCCCCUCUCACCCUUUUACCCCUGGCACUCUGGAGGGUCGAGUUGUAGCCACAGCAGAAGGAAGCAGGAAGAAAAAACCAGCAGGGUAGAGAGGUGCCAGCCCAGUGGUCACCAGUCUAGGCCUGGCCCAGGUGGGCUCUGAGGUUGGAGCUUCUCCUCCCUCUUUUCACAGCUCACAUUUGGGGUCACAGUGCCCCUGCUCCUACUCCAAAGGAGGUCUCGGGUGGUUCUCUGUGGAGUCACAGACCAGCCCAGCUUUCUCUGACUAGAGGCUGGGUGGUUAAAGGGCAUCCAGGGGACGAGGGCAAGCAAAGGGACCAGGGGGCAAGAGGCAGUGGAUGCCACCCCUGCUAACGCCCCAGUCUUGUCUCCUCUCCUCUCCUUCCAGAGCGGUGACAAAGGAUCCUCAUGCAACCAAGAAAAAGGCUAGACCAGCCCCUCCCCCUCCCCGCCCCUGGGGGGGCUUCAGGGGAUGCCUGGUCCUGAGGGGGCCCAGCCGGAGCAGGCACCUGUGCUCAGACACUGGAAAGCCCUGGCAUAAAGGAGGUGGAAACGGGUCUCACCCAUCCCAUGCUGAGAUCCUGCCACCGGCCUGGCCAAAGGACUAAGCAGGGUUUUGAUCAGGGUGGGAGCCCAGGGAGAGAUGGGGCAGAGAGAUGAGUCUGUCACUCCUCCCUCAGACAGGAGAUUCAGCUCCAACUUACUUGUAUCCUUUGAGAUUUUGAUCUUUGAGGCCGGCCCCUCCUCUUCCCUGGUCCCCAGCACCACCACCCCCAUCCCACUUACCCCUGGGCUAGGGAUCUAGAAGGAGAGGACAGUGGACUCUGACCCCUGCUGAGGGAGACACCCUCCUUACCCCUGGGCUGGCACAGGGCAGGCAGGUGGGGGUUGUGGCUGGGUUGCCUGUCGCAAAUGUGACAGGAUGGCACUUGAGUGGUGACCGUGGGGUGGGGGGUGGAUGCUGCCCUCCCUCCCACCCCCACCUGCCUGGCUUUCAGACUUAAGAAGGCUGAAGCUCUCAGUGGCAGAGGAUGCCCAGCCCCACUGUUUGUGGGCACCGUGGGGGGAGGAAGGUCAGCUUGGGAUUUCCCUUCUUGAUGGAGUCAAACAUAGCCCAGCCUGCUCCCUUCCACCCAGCCACCCUUACUGCGGGGUUCCUCUUGGGGGGGAUGGAGGGAAGUGGGGCUAUGUGCCCCCACCCUGUCUACCCAUCCCACCCACCCCACACUUCUUUGCACUAUUAGAACCUAUCAGUUGGGGUGUGCUGUGACAGUGCUGGAGGGCUGGUUCUAUGAGUGAGUAUCUGUGUGUGUGUGCGCGCGCUUGGGUGUCUACAUCACUGGACCCUGGGUAGAUGGGGUGACAGGAGAAUGAGCACUGAGGGGCUGAGAGAGUCAGGUGAAAGAGGGCAUGGUCCGCAGGGAAGUUUUCUAUUCUCAGUCAGUUUAGACAGGCAGUUAGAGACUGUGGCCUCUCAGCUACAUCCCCUUCAUGCCAGUCUUGGCACUUUGGGGGCAAGUGAGAUGUUAAUAAUCAAAAAACACUCCAAUUGGGAAAGUGGCAAAUGCAGGAUAACUGCUGUCUUUCCCUUCCAAAUGUAGAGCACCUGAACCCUCCCCAUCUCUCACUGAAAACCCAUUCCUCCAAGGUGCCCAGGCUCAGAGCCUCUUUCCUCUGUUCCAAUCCUACCCCCCACACACAUACUAGCACACACGUACAUGUACACAUACACAUACAUGCACACUCCCUGAGGUGGUAGGAGGCUAGGGUCAGCUCCAAUCAGCUCAUUCUGUCCAGUUUAUCCUACCUUCCUGGCCCUGGGAGAGCCCCAGGGAUCAGGGCUUGGAUAGGGAAGCCAACUGUCCCCUCCUUCCCUGUACUAACAAGCCUGCCCUCCCCUCAGGAGGAAGCUUAUACUAACCAGCUGCCCCUCUUCUACCCACCAGCUACUCCUCUUGGGUAGGUGGCCAAGAGGCCCUCCCCUGCCCCUUCCAGAAAGCCAAGGACAGGAUGAGUUUAGGGGUGUUUUUUUGGAGGAGACAUGUUCGAGAUGUAUGUUUUAGUUGCACUGGGGGGGGGAGUAUGGAUCAUGGGGGUGGCCUAGGGAAGAGAGAGUCAGAGAGAGAGCCUUUCACACCCAUCUAGAUAUGUGUGCUUUGUCAGUCUCUUUUUGCAUGUGUGGUUUCUGUGUUUCUGUUUUGGGGUUGGUUUUUUUGUUUGUUUUGUUUUUUAAAUAAAGAAGAGGAGAUGUAUAUAUUUUUGGCAACGACAGAAGACGUAGCGCAGAUAUAUUUUUGCCCACGCUGCUCAAUCGGUUCUUUUCUGAUACUGAAAAUAAUAUUAAUCCUGUUGAUAAGACAUAGGGAGCCUGAGGAGGGAGGGGGGACAACCCCCCAGGGCAGUCUCUGAGGCUUGCCAAGAGCCCAGGGGGCAAUGUUGGAAAUCUCAGAAAUAAUCACUUUUUAUUAAUGCUCUACAAGCAGGGAGAAAUGAUAAGUGAAAUUAUCAGCUUGCCCUUACUCUAUCUAAACUUUUAAAUACCCUUAUCCCUUCUACCCCUCAAAAAACAGCAUCUAGAGAUCCCCGAAUUUAUACUGUGUCGCCCUGGAAGGCUUCUCUGGCACUAUCAGGUUCAUUCUAGCUGAAGUUAAGGUAUCUAGGACAAUAAGGGAAAUAAAUCUAUUUCUGAGCCAGGGUAGGAAUGGAAAUUGAGUUGAAGGGGUCAGUCUUAUUGGUGUACUGGGGCUGAGGCCUCCUUCUUGGUCCCCCAGGGCAAAGCUACUCUUGUUUGACCAUUCCCCCACUAGAGGACCCUUGAAGAUUCCCCAGAGGGACUGGGAAUGAGCUGCCCUGACCUCAUUCAGGAAGGCCUGGCCCUGGGACUUUUCCUAAGUCACUACCAGGUAGCACUGAGGAACCAGGUUCCAUGUGAGGAAGGACUCCCUAGCAAGCAUGGCUUGACCCCGAGAAUGGGGAAGGAGACAAGGAGGGGUCAGAGUCCGUGCAGGGGGAGCUGGGGCAGCUUGGCCUGGAGCCAGGAGAAUGGAUGAGACCUUCUCCAGCCAAGCUCUGCCAUGCUCCCAGCCUGCUUCUGCUCUUCCUCCCAGGCUUUCAGAUCAGGUAGACUAAUGAGGACAGACAUAGACUGGGUUGGGGGGGGAGGGGGGAGGUUGGUGGGUAAGAGACAGAUUUGUUUAAAGGUAGAUGUCUCAGUGACUCGGGGAGGGAAAGGAUGUGGUUAGUGGGGGAGGAAGCCGAGUUGGGAGAUUGGUGAGAGUGGAAGGGGUACAAUGUUAUCCCUCCCAGUGUGAAGGGGUGGGGAGGGAGGGAGGGCAAGGUGGACUUUGGGUGUCAGACUGUUGCCAGAAGGGAGGGCAGGCAGGGAAGGGCAUGGCAUGUAGGUACAGACCUGGUCUGGGGUCCUGGGUGUGUCUGUCUUGGGGUGUGUGUGUGUAAGGACUCCAAGGGCAAGUGAGACUGUAUGUCUGUGUCUCUGUGUGUCCUGUGGGGUUGGCCAUGGGUGGACGUGCCUGUGUCUCGGGGCUGGGGAGGGGAGGGGGGGUUAUAUGUAGCACUUACUCUUGCUUUUGAUCAGAGCCGACUCCAAGCUGUGGCAUAAAGGAUUCUACCUUAAAAGGUUCCUCUGGCCACUCUUCUCCCCCCACAGCAUCAUUUUAUUCCAUGUGUUUCUUUAGGAAGGGAAGUCAGAUUUUUCUUCAGGCUUCCUAAUAUACAACUUCUCACCCUCUCUCACACACACACACACACCAUGCUCUCUCCUUGAGGUAGUAGGGAAGCCCCAAAGGGAACUGGGGCUCUCUUCCUAUUCCAAGGAGGCAGUAAAAGAGUUCUGGGAAAAUUAGGCACCCAGGGCUCGUCCAGGAGGCUGGGGUGGAAGGGAGGGAAGGGGCCUUUGAGAGCCAGGGGCAUGUCCUUGCCCUGAGCACCUUUUCCCAAACCUGAAAACAAACCCACUGAAAACUCCAGCAGCCAGUUGUCCUCUUUCCCACCCCCCACUGCCCUCCUACCUUACCCUAUCCAGCCUCCUUGUCCAGCAUCUUUUUUUCAGCAUGAGAGGGAGACCUGGAAGGGAGGAUAAUGGUGUCCUCUUCAGAGCCCCUCUCCCAAAACUUGAAGUUGGAAGGAUGUGGGAGGUGCCUCAAAAAAGGGAUGCUUCUUUGGGAAAUGGGGGCAAAUUGAAAGGGGGUCAGGGGAAAGUGCUCUUGGUGAACCUCCACUCCCAGAUACAACUGUCUUCUUUUUCUCUUUCUUGGUUUAUUGAAAUGUCUGGGUGGGGUGGAAUGGCAAUUCACUGGCCUUCUGUCUCAUUCUGUUCCCCUCACUCUGCCCUCACCACAAUAGCUGGGAGGGGGUCUGAAAAGGGACCUCCUCUAUCACCCUUUCUCAGGCUGGCAACCAAUUCAAUCUCAAUCCCAUCCUGAUUUUUUUCCCCUUCCCCUUCCCCUUCCCCACCCUAGAGAUUCAGGGGAACUGUGGUGGGGGUGGGGGGAACAGCAGUUUGCAAGAGCCAAUAUUUUUUUUUGCUCAUUUCUGAAUCCCCUUAAUUUCCCCAGCCCAAGAGGUAGUGCUUCCCAUCACCCCCCUCCUCACCCCGUGGUGUGUAUAACUCAGAUCUUGUAUCUUUGUAUAACUGAUGUUAUUUGUACAAAGGGCAGUUCGUAAACAGCACUUGUUCUUUUAAUAAAAGAAUGUUUUACAAAAAA